UGAGGAAAACAUCACUGCUUUGCUGUCUCUCCACCACAUCAGGAGUACCAAGUGAAGAUCACUGAAGAAAUCCACAAUGGCUUCAGCGGGUUUACAGAUCCUGGGGAUGGCGCUGGCAAUCAUCGGGUUUAUCGCGGUCAUCAUCGUGUGUGCCCUACCCAUGUGGAAGGUCACCGCCUUCAUCGGCGCCAACAUCGUGACGGCGCAGAUCAUCUGGGAGGGUCUCUGGAUGAACUGCGUGAUGCAGAGCACAGGACAGAUGCAGUGCAAGGUCUACGACUCCCUGCUCGCCCUACCCCAGGAUCUGCAGGCUGCCCGUGCCCUCGUCGUCAUCUCCAUCGUCGUGGCUUUGCUUGGCAUUCUUCUGGCUGUGGCAGGAGGCAAGUGCACCAACUGCAUUGAAGACGAGUCGACCAAAGCCAAGGUAGCCAUUGCCGCCGGCGUCACCUUCAUCGUGGCUGGCAUCCUCUGCCUCGUCCCAGUCUGCUGGUCGGCCAACACCAUCGUCCGGGAUUUCUACAACCCGUUGCUGACGGACGCCCAGCGCAGAGAGCUGGGGGCAUCGCUGUACAUCGGCUGGGGCGCGGCAGGUCUUCUGAUCCUGGGUGGGGGUCUACUGUGCAGCUCCUGUCCGCCGAAGGAGGAAAGGCCGUAUAACAUGAAAUACUCUCAAGCGAAAUCCACAGCUACCAGCAAGGAGUAUGUGUAAGCCUUCUCAUGGAGAAAGUGAGAAAAUUACACGAUCUGCUUUCUUGGGAACCUCCUGUUUGCUUCUGCCGCUAUUCCUCUGCCAGUUUUUGACCACAACAGAAUUUCCCCUGUCAAAAACAUGGGGGACAGACUCUUCAUCUCCAGUGGACUCUUACACCGAAGUACUUAAGAUUUCGUAUUUAAAAAUCUUCACUGCGGCGGAUGUCAAACUUUGCAGCUUGUUUUCAGUGAGCACGGGAAGAGGAGGCGUCUGUGUUUUAGCAACGCAUUGUCCGCGAGAGUUCCUUUUCUUCACCUUCACCAUGUUCUUUUAGAUGGGAAAAUGUAUCAUGUCAUUAAACUUAUGCAGACCAAAUGCAAAACUUCUUCUUCGAAAAUAUGUAAUCUGUAUUUUUUCUGUUGCUUGUGUAGAACAUAUUUUUAGGUUUAGAGACAUGAAAUGUUCAGUGUGUAACUUUGCUUUAAACAUUGCACGACAUAAUAUGCAUACAAUAAUAUUUCAUUACAUAGAAAUUACAUAUUCAUAAUGUAACUUAUGUAGGAGUAGCAGGAAAAUAUUCCUUUUUACUUUUUCUUCUGGUUUUAUUUUUUUUCAGCGGCUGAACUUACUUUACAGAAAACAAAGUCAAAGAACUUUUCAGUAACUGUGUUUUCUUUCAGUUUCUUGAAGUUUAGUUUUGUUUUGCAGAAAGUUUUGUUUCAGGUUUACAGUUCAAUUAUCUCAUGUAAAUUCCACUUUAAAUUUUAAACAGAUCUUUUAAAUUACCAUGGUGAAAUGGCUUCCAUGCUGUGAACUGCAAUAAAUGUUUUGAAAUGUUUUUCA